AUGAGACCAUUCGAUACGGGCCAUGAAGAUCUAAUUCAUGAUGUUGCUUAUGAUUUUUAUGGUAGACAUGUAGCUACCUGCUCUUCAGAUCAGCAUAUCAAAGUAUUUAAACUGAAUAAAGAAACUAGUCAGUGGGAAUUGAACGAUUCAUGGAAGGCUCACGAUAGCAGCAUUGUCUCCAUCGACUGGGCAGCACCAGAAUAUGGUAGAAUCAUUGCAUCUGCUUCAUAUGAUAAGACAGUAAAAUUGUGGGAAGAAAAUUUAGAUCAGGAUGAGUGUUCCGGUCGUCGUUGGAAUAAAUUAUGCACUUUAAAUGAUUCCAACGGUUCUUUAUACUCUGUCAAAUUUGCUCCGGCUCAUAUGGGCUUAAAGUUAGCUUGUAUAGGUAAUGAUGGGGUAUUGAGAAUGUAUGAUGCAUUAGAACCAUCAGAUUUAAGAUCAUGGACCUUAACUAGUGAAAUCAAAGUAUUGCCAUCGCCACCAGCUAACCAUUUACAGUCAGAUUUUAGUUUAUCGUGGUGUCCAUCAAGAUUUUCUACUCAAAAAAUUGCUGUGUGUGUCCUGGAACAGGCUUUGAUCUAUCAAAAGGGUAAAGAUAAUAAAUUCCAUGUAGCUGCAAGAUUACCUGGUCAUAAGGGAUUGAUUAGAAGUAUCAGUUGGGCACCUUCAAUUGGUAGAUGGUAUCAAUUGAUUGCCACAGGUUGUAAAGAUGGUAAAAUUCGUAUAUACAAAAUAACUGAAAAACUAAAGGACAAUCAAACGUCAUCUUCGGUUUCAAAUGAUGAGUUAAAUAACCCAGAUCAGCAGGAUAAUAAUAAUAAUAAUAAUAACAACUAUAAUAACACGAAUCUUAAUGAAAAUGAUAUUGAUAAAAAUGCUCUGCAAUCUAUCCUAGAAGUUGAAUUGCUGAGCGAGCAUGAUGACCACCAAAGCGAAGUUUGGUCUGUCUCGUGGAACUUAACGGGUACCAUUUUAAGUAGUACGGGUGAUGACGGUAAAGUACGUCUCUGGAAGUCAACUUACUCCAAUGAAUUCAAAUGUAUGUCUGUAAUUAGUGCACAACAAUAG